CUGUCUCAAAGGGACCAAGCUGGGUGCUGGUGGGGUGCAGGGCAGGGGACUGGGGUGUGUGAAUAGGAUGUCAGGAUCUGUGGGCCUGGUUUCUAUGGAGUUUUCUCAGUUAUCAAUUUCUUAAACUACAAUACCAAAAAUUUUUUGAAAAAGGGCUGUUCUCAUGACCUCUGCCAUCCACAUCCUUCACAAGCUUCACCAUUUCAUGUUUCAGUGUUUGAUUCAGUGUUUAUUCUGCAAAUAAACAGCUAAUUUAUUGGACCCUGCGUUUGCCUUGUACUUCUAACAUCCCUCCCUGAGCCCAGGCUCCUGGCAGAGGCUUCUGGCCUCUCUUGGAACCUGCCCCCUGUCAUUCACUUUGGGCAAGUGGUCUACCCUCUGGGUCUGAGCACCUUCAUCUGUAAAAUGGGGAGAAUUAUAGGGACUGGCAAAAUUCUUUCUGAACCUGAGGCAUCAUUAAUAUCACAAGACUGCCCCUUGCCUUCAGGGUGGGGGCCCCUAUUCUCUGAGUCAGCCUGGGGCUACCUUGUCAUGUCCUUGACAAUGUCUGCUUUCAACUCGUCUGUUAUUUUCUUUUGCUUUCUUUCUUUCUGUUGCCUGAAUGAGUCUUUUGUUCUGAAGAAAGCAAAAAGGAAAAGGUAGAAUUGAUUCCUAAGCGUGAAAGGAGGGUAGAAGUGCUGUCUUCCAAGGGCGGGCUGGGUGCCCUGACGAAGAAGGAAAGAUGCCGUGAGAGAGCCAGAGACACAAUUAAAGACCGAGCAGCUGCAGGGACUGGCGGGACAAAGGGAGGGAGGGGGAGGAGCCUGGGCGCGGAGCAAGUUUGUGGGGAAAGUUGAGCACAGCGAGGAGCCGGGCGGUGGCUGGGGCGUGCGGGAGGGCCAGACCCCGAUCUCCCUGCUGCUCUUCAGGUGGCCUGACGCUGACAGAGGCAAAAAUCUGCUAACUCAGGGGGCAGACUCAACCAGGGCUGCGAGCAGGCCUGGGGAAUGACCCCCCGAUCUCCAACCAGCGCCUUCCACGGCUGCACGGCUGUCUCAAGCUGUCUCUGCCUCUGUGCCUGGCCCUUGCCCUGUCCCUCGAUAGCAUCACCCUUACCUGCCACAUGGGCCCUCUGUCUCCUACCAGGACCAUGCGCCUCUGGGGGCCUCGGAGCCUGGGGUUGGCUCUGGGAGUCUUCAUGACCAUCGGAUUUGCCCUCCAGCUCUGGGGGGGCCCCUUCCAGAAGAGGCUACCAGGCCUGCAACUCCGACAGCCCUUGGCCCCAUCCCUGGGAUCAGCUGUUUCAUCCUGCCCACCCCGGCAGCGACUUGUGUUCCUGAAGACGCACAAAUCUGGGAGCAGCUCUGUGCUGAACCUGCUUCAUCGCUACGGGGACCGACACGGGCUGCGCUUUGCCCUCCCUGCCCGCUACCAGUUCGGCUACCCAAGGCUUUUCCAGGCCUCUCGGGUCAAAGGCUACCGCCCUCAGGGUGGAGGCACCAAGUCCCCCUUCCACAUCCUCUGUCAUCACAUGAGGUUCAACCUGAAAGAGGUACUCCAGGUCAUGCCCUCUGACAGCUUCUUCUUUUCCAUUGUCCGAGACCCAGCAGCUCUGGCCCGCUCUGCUUUCUCCUACUAUAAAUCCACCUCAUCAGCCUUCCGCAAGGCACCAUCAUUGGCUGCCUUCCUGGCCAAUCCUCGAGCCUUCUACCGGCCUGGAGCCCGUGGGGACCACUAUGCACGCAACUUACUCUGGUUUGACUUUGGCCUCCCCUUCCCCCCAGAGAUGAAGACCAAGAGAGGGAAUCCUCAUCCCCCUAGAGACCCCAAAUCCCCACAGCUGAAUGUUUUGCCUUCUGGCGCUGGCCUGAGAGCCCACUAUACCCUGGAUCCCAGUGCUCUCCUCCAUCCUGCUCCUACAGUUGCUGGUGGUCACAGCCAGACAUCCAGCCAUGCCUCUUUGGAUUUGGGGUCUUCAUCCUUCAUCCAGUGGAGUCUGGCCUGGCUGGACUCUGUCUUUGACCUGGUCUUGGUGGCCGAGUACUUUGAUGAGUCACUGGUUCUACUGGCAGAUGCCCUGUGCUGGGGUCUAGAUGAUGUGGUGGGCUUCAUGCACAAUGCCCAGGCUGGAGGUGAGCAGGGCAGAAGCGCGGUCAGCAGUGGUGGACUGACUGCUGAGGACAGGCAGCUGACUGCACGGGCCCGAGCCUGGAACCACCUGGACUGGGCUCUCUACGUUCAUUUCAACCACAGUCUGUGGGCACGGAUCAAUCAAUACGGCCAGAGCCGGCUGGAGAGUGCUGUGGCCGAGCUCCGGGCUCGCCGAGAGGCCCUGGCUAAACAUUGUCUAGUGGGGGGUGAGGCUUUAGACCCCAAAUAUAUCACUGACCGUCGAUUCCGCCCUUUCCAGUUUGGGUCCGGUAAGGUUUUGGGCUAUGUACUUCGGAGUGGACUGAGCCUCCCAGACCAGGAGGAGUGUGAGCGCCUGGCUACCCCUGAGCUACAGUACAAGGACAAGCUAGAUGCCAAGCAAUUUCCCUCAACAGUCUCUCUGCCCCUUAAGACUUCAAGGCUACUCUCCCCGUAGCCAUUAGAUUACUAAGUUUUAGCUUAAAAGCAGCUAAGCCACAAGGGCAAACAUGAUGAGUAUGGGGCAGCCAGAUGCCGUUUCUGUUUCCCUCUGAAAGCAUGUUUGUGCCCUAGACGAUGAGUGGAACUUUGCACAGAUGUGGGCACCAAGUCCUCCGGCCUGUGUGGAGGAAUUCCAGCAGUACCCCUCCCCCCAACUUUGCCCCUUCCCGUUUCCAAACCCCUGGCAGGUCCCCAUUGCACUCUCAAAAGUCCCCUGGAGGAGCAAAUCAUGGAGUAAGCCAGAAAUAACUUGGAACUUGUGGGUUGGAAUAAUGCGUCCAUUUCUCUAUGAAUUAUUUGGUUCCAGACUAUGCUCAUUUAACUGUGAAAUGUUUGUGAAUGAAUAAAUAAUUUGAACCUUU